AGGCCAGGUGUCAGAAAAGGAAACAAUAUACUACAAGAAAUCAAGCUUAUCAAUAAUAAAACUACCCCAACAAGAGCAAAGGCCCUUGUUUUGAAAAAGCAAAAGCGAGCAGAUAUAGAAAUAGAAAAAUCUAGUGAUAAAAUAAGAAAGGUAUAUGAUACAAGACUAAGAACUAAGGACAAACUUAAUGACAGAGACAAGAAAAAUCAAACUAGAAACACAACAGUUACAGAGAUCCCCAAAGUCAAAGUAUCUAUAUUCAAUACAACUAAAAUUCAAACAGAACAACUGAAAAAUUCCAUGACACUGCUCAUGGAAGGUUCUGGAAAGAUACUGGAGCCAGAGCCCAAUAUAAGCUUUUCAUAUGAUCAGAGUGCAGAUGUUAGUUCAGAACAAGCUCAAGCUGCAAGUAUAGACAAAAGGUCUGGCCUCCUAGAACUGGAAGCAGACAGGUCAAAUGGAACAAACCACUCAGAAGAAGAGAGCCAA